CCCACAACCACCGUUUCCACGAAGGGCAGGUAUGCAGGCGCAGAUAUUCCAAGUAAGGCAUAGGUUUAAUUUCUCAUCACUUUGCACUUUUAUCUGUUAUUACGUAUUCUGUAAAUGAAAUUUCAAUUAGCAAUGGCAAUCAGAUUAUUCCAUUCUCGCGCCCUCAUCCCUUCAACUCCUUUUUGUAUUCACCGUCUCUUUUGCUCUUCCUCGUCUUCUCUUCCUUCACUCGAGCCAUCAAAUGAUGCCGAAUUGCUCUCCCAAAUCCUUCUCCGCCACUACAACCCAUUCCACGCCAUGGAAUCAUCUCUCCAGCUUCAUGGAAUUUCUCUUACAACUCCUCUCCUCCAACAGACUCUCCUCCGUCUCCGCCAUCACUCGAAAAUUGCCCUCUCCCUUUUCCAUUAUGCUCUGUCUCUCCCUUCCUCUCAGUCAACUGUUACUUCCACCUCUUAUGAUAUCAUCAUUGAUAUUCUGUCCAAGGUCCACCAGUUUGAUGUUUCUUGGCAGCUCAUAAUCCAGAUGGAUGAACCAACUUCCCAUACGUUCUUUGUACUCAUUCGCAGACUGAUUGCCGCGGGCCUUACCCGCCAGGCUAUACGUGCUUUUGAUGAUAUGGAAUCUUUCAUCACUGAGAACGUGGAUGAGACCCAUUUCUGUUUCUUGCUUGAUACCUUGUGUAAGUAUGGUUAUCCGAAAGUGGCAGUUGAGAUUUUUAAUAAAAGGAAGUAUAGGUUUAGUCCUAAUGUGAGAAUGUACACUAUUUUGAUAUAUGGAUGGUGCAAGAUCGGUCGUAUUGAUAUGGCAGAGAGGUUCUUAAGGGAGAUGGAUGAGAGGGGGAUUGAGCCUAAUGUUGUUACCUACAAUGUUUUGUUAAAUGGGAUUUGCAGGAGGGCUAAAUUGCAGCCUGAGAGUAGGUUCGAGAGAACAAUAACAUUGGCUGAGAAUGUGUUCGACGAAAUGCGCCACAGAGGGAUUGAACCUGAUGUCACCAGUUUUUCUAUUUUGCUUCAUGUGUAUAGUAGGGCUCAUAAGCCUCAACUAACACUUGAUAAGUUGAAGCUGAUGGAGGAGAAGGGGAUUUGCCCAACUGUCACCACUUAUACUUCAGUCGUGAAGUGUCUUUGCUCUUGCGGGAGGGUUGAGGAUGCAGAGGAGUUGCUUGUUGAGAUGAUCAGAAAUGGGGUUAGCCCUAAUGCAGUAACCUAUAAUUGUUUCUUUAAAGAGUAUAGGGGAAGGAAGGAUGCAGAAAGUGCUUUGAAGUUGUAUAGGAGAAUGAGGGAAGAUGAUCCGUUUGCUCUGAGUAUGCAAACAUAUAAGAUAUUACUGGGGAUGUUUAUGAAGUUGAAUCGUAUGGAGAUUGUGAAUGAGAUAUGGAAUGAUUUAUGCACAAGUGGACCAGGGCCAGAUUUGGAUUCAUAUACAAUGUUGAUUCGUGGGCUAUGUGAGAAACAAAAAUGGAAAGAAGCAUGCAAAUAUUUUGUGGAGAUGAUAGAGAGAGGGUUCCUUCCCCAAAAGGUUACUUUUGAAACACUCUACAAAGGACUAAUACAAUCUGAUAUGUUGAGAACUUGGAGAAGGUUGAAGAAGAAGCUUGAUGAAGAGUCAAUAGCUUUUGGUUCUGAGUUUCAAAAUUAUCACUUGAAGCCAUAUAGAAGAUGAUAAUACUAUUUGCCGUAGUAUGACAAAUAUAUCUUGCAAAGUGCAUUAUCUGCUGCUGGAUGCUCGUGGGAGCACCAUAAAGGACACUGAAAUGCUACAAAAGCCAGCUUUAGCUCUCACAUGUAAAGUGGUUUUAAUUUAUCAACCCAAAAGUUGUAGAGUUGGGAAGAGGUGAGAUAUUAUUUUACUCUUAAUUGGUCUAUUUGUAUUAUGGUCUACUAUUUCUUUAAUUCAUAUUCCAACAGAUAUUGCUCAUCUGUUUUAAUUAGAGAUUUUUGGUUGACUAGAUGGACUUUCAUUCAUUCAUUUCAUUCCUAACUAUUUCUUUUUCUGGAUUAAUUGAGCAAAGGUGAAGCAUUUUGAUAAGACCUCAGUGCAUGAUUGUCAAAUUAAGAAGACAAAAAUAACUUUUAAGCUGUUGCAUAGUGGAUUUUAGCUUGAGUCUUGGAAGGUAACAAUGAAAAGGCAAAUGUGAUUGCUUCACAAAUGAACUAGUUGUUGACCCUCAUACACACACAAGCUGGUUUGGAAAUUAUAGACCCAAGAGUUUUAUCAAAAUAAAAAAUGAUUGAUAAUUGAUAGUAUGUAAAUUGCCAAUUUUUUGUAAGUAUUUUAUGUUAAUAAUGAUCUUUAUAUCAGUUUUCUUUA